AUACAAAAAUAAAAAUCCACUCGACGUCUAUCUCUCUCUCUCCAACACACAUUCACUGUAUCGUGUCUGGUGGGUUUCACAGUUAAAAGCAGACAAAAGAAAAUAAGGAUUUGCAAGAUGGAAAGCCUGCACAGCUUCUGGCAACUGGGUGAUGAGCUUCGAGGACAAUCAAAAGUCUCAGAGGAUCAUAAGUGGUUGGUGGCUGCGUCUAAAUUGGCUGAGCAAACCCAGGCAAAGGGUGAGCGUAUGAAUAACCUGGACCUUUCAAAGGGCCUUCCAGAAAUGCGGCCAAGGGAUAAGCUUGGGUUCCAAGAAAAUAAAUUUGAAAGUUUCAAUUUCAACAUGAUGAACUUGGACUCCAAGAUGACAGAAAAUGUGAACAAAAGUUCCCUAAGGAACAGUGCUUACAACAUGAAUGCAGUGUACCGGAAAAACAACAUGAACAGCAUUGGAGAUCUGACUGGUAGCAAGUACAGUGGCAACAGCCUUAUUAGCAAAGAGGCCAGUAACCACAGCAAUAUUAAUAUUAACAACGACAACAACAAUGCAGUUGACAAAAGGUUUAAGACCUUGCCUGCCACAGAGAUGCUUCCAAGGAAUGAGGUGCUUGGAGGAUACAUCUUUGUCUGUAACAAUGACACCAUGCAGGAAGAUUUGAAGCGACAGCUUUUUGGUUUACCACCAAGAUAUAGGGAUUCUGUCCGGGCAAUAACACCUGGCUUACCUCUCUUCCUCUAUAAUUACACUACUCACCAGCUGCAUGGCAUUUUUGAGGCAGCAAGUUUUGGGGGAUCCAACAUUGACCCAACUGCGUGGGAAGACAAAAAGUGCAAAGGAGAGUCAAGGUUUCCUGCCCAGGUGAGGACCCGAAUUAGAAAACUCUACAAGGCACUGGAUGAGGAUGCUUUUAGGCCGGUUUUGCAUCAUUAUGACGGUCCCAAAUUUCGCCUUGAGCUCUCGGUUCCUGAGACUCUGGAUCUAUUAGACCUUUGUGAGCAAGCAGGCUCUCUGGCUUAAGCAAACUUCCAUAAUAUGGAAAUGAUGUUAGGCUUUGUGGUGAAUGUCAGCUUCUGCUUUUCACAGAUUUCCCAUAGAGCGCAAGCUUGGGGGUUGAAGUCUGGUUGGGUGAAAUCUUCUCGGGAAAGGCAUGGAUGACAUGUGAACCUGCUGAAUAAAUACAUUUGUCUUGUGAAGAUGGUUGUUUAGCAUGGGCGUUGUGUUUAUUAUGAUACUAUAACACUAUAGACAGACUUGAAGUUGUAAAAGAGAACGAUAGCUUUUAUUGUAAUGGCGAACAGGAGGAGACAUCCCUGAUGGGUCUUCAUUUUCUGUAUGCAAACCGAGUGUAUGACAGUUGCCUUGUGUGUUGUCUAGCAUCUAUGCGGAGUUCUUAAAAACUUUUCAGAUGUCGAAUCC